AUGACAGCCGGUAUGAUCUUUGUUUGGUCACAUAAGCUGAUCCAAGCGGAUAUCGUGCGUAUGAUGUAUACAAUUCAAUGUAGAUAUGUAGAAAAUUUAGUCUGGUUUAAAAAAUCCGUCAAUAAUGUUCAACUGGAUGAACCCAGUCCUUAUUUUAGCUCUACCAAAGAGAUUUUACUCAUGUUUAAGAAGGGCGAAGGCUUUGAACUGAGACAUCAACGCUCUGCCGAUGUCAUUAUAGAUUUUGAAUUACCGAAAGAACAAUGGAUCAGGGACGAAUAUACCGUGCCAAAACCACCUGGCGUGUAUGACAUGAUAGAAACUUUAUUACCAAAGGCCGCUUACGAUCCAUUAUUAAACAGAGGUAAAUUCCUUGAACUAUGGGCAAAGAGAAACUCUCCAAGACGAGAAGGCUGGAUCGCUUUUCAUGAAAACAAACCAGGAACAAGCGGACUUGCAACACAAUCUUAG